GGGAUAGGGUGGUUCUCCAGAGCAAGGGUGGUAGUUGAGCUGAGGAACAAGGAUUUGCUCAGGUGCCACUGCCCGGACUCCUGGCCCCCUCCCCAUGGCAAGGGAGACCUUCCCCUUCACCUCCUCUACGCUGCGUGCUCUCCGCCUGCAGCGGGAGUGGUUGGAAUGGGAGGAUCGGCGACGGGCUGCUGCCCAGCAGUGCCGCAGCCACAGGUGCGCCUCAAGUCUCCGGGCCCGACUCACAAGGCCUCGUCGCUCCUGCCGGGACCCAGCUGUCCACAAUGCCCUCUUCUCUGGUGACCUACAGCAAGUCCAAGCCCUGUUCGAAGAUGAGGAGGCUGCCAACAUGAUUGUGGAGACUGUGAGCAACCAGCUAGCCUGGUCAGCAGAACAGGGGUUCUGGGUACUGACACCCAAGACCAAGCAGAUGGUACCCCUCACCAUCGCUGCGGCCAGAGGCUACACAGACUGCGCCCGCCACCUGAUCCUGCAGGGAGCUGAGCUGGAUGCCCGUGUUGGAGGCCGGGCUGCCUUGCAUGAGGCCUGUGCCAGAGCCCAGACUGACUGUGUGCAGUUGCUGUUGACCUUCGGUGCCAAGGCUAAUGUGCUGUCGGAGGAGGGGACUACCCCCUUGCACUUCUGCACAGCCCCUGAGUCCUUGCAGUGUGCCAAGCUGCUGCUGGAGGCCGGAGCAACCGUGAACCUACCGGCUCAGGAGAGCGAGGUGACGCCCCUGCACGUGGCGGCGGCUCGUGGCCUGGAGGCGCACGUGGUUCUUUACCUACAGCAUGGCGCCAAAGUGGGCCUGCGCACCAGCCAGGGUGAGACAGCGCUGAACGCCGCGUGCGCUGGAGCUGAGGGCCCGGGCAGCAGUCGGCAGCACGAGGCCGCAGCACGCCACCUCCUAGAGGCCGGGGCUGAUCCCCGGGCGGCUGGACGCAAACGCCACACGCCACUGCACAACGCCUGUGCCAACGGCUGCGGGGCCCUGGCUGAGCUGCUGCUGCGCCACGGGGCCUGCGCUGGGCUUCCCAACGGGGCAGGCCAAACACCCAUGGACUGCGCACUGCAGGCUGUCCAGGAUGCCCCCAACUGGGAACCCGAGGUCCUCUUCGCAGUGCUACUGGACUACGGGGCCCAGCCUGUGUGCCCUGAGAUGCUGAAACAUUGUGCCAACUUCCCACGGGCUCUGGAAGUUCUGCUUAAUGCCUAUCCUUGCGUCCCAUCCUGUGACAGCUGGGUGGAGGCAGUGCUUCCUGAGCUGUGGCAGGAGCAUGAAGCCUUCUACAGCUCGGCCCUGUGCAUGGUGAACCAGCCGCGGCGGCUGCAGCACCUGGCCCGUCUGGCUGUGCGAGCUCAGCUGGGUAGUCGCUGUCGGCAGGCUGCCACCCAGCUCCCGCUGCCCCCUCUCCUCAGGGACUACCUACUGCUGCGUGUGGAGGGACGCAUCCAGUGAGCCCCAGGCCAGGCCACUGCCACAGCUGUCCUGCCCCCUCCAUCUGCCCCUGUCCCCAGCCCUAGGGAAAUGAUCGCUGGCCUUAUCUUCGUGCUUCACAUGCCCUCCUGGACCAGCUCAUCCCUCCACUGGCUUCUAAAGCCCACUGAUGCCCUCCAGCCAGCACGAGCUUCAAACCCUCUCCCCAGGGGAAGGUCUGUACUCAGCCUGUUCCCCAGCUCAGCCUUUGCCCACCUCCCCUGCCUGGGAUGGCUCCUCUAUCCACCAGGGCCCCAAACUAGGAGUGGUGUCCCUGUUGCUUCUCUCCCUUGGCACCAUAUACCUGUUCGGCUCUUAAAGAGUGACAAGACCCUGCCUCUGCCUGCACUGUUAUGCCCAACCUGCCUUUGUCACUUCAAGGGAGGUCUUGAAACCCAUGCCUCGAAUGGAUGCUGAAAUAAUCUGAGUCACAGCUCUGAUCGUUCCCUGUAGUGGCUCUCUCUACCUUCAGGCAAAAUCAAACCUCAACAAAAGGGGUACUGGGGGUGUAGUAGAGCACUUGCCUAGCAUGUGCAAGGCCCUGGGGUCCAUCCCCAGCACUGCAAACACAAACAAAACAAAGCAAAAAGACCUCAACAAAAUGAAGUCUCUAGACAUUGGCCUCUGCAUGUUCUCUGGCUUCCUGACUCCCCUUCCUGUCCCAAGUUCCUGUAAUCCAACCUUAGUAAACUAGUUACCAAUUGCUGGA